AUGGACAUCGCCGGUCGUCAACAGCUCCGUGCCGCUCAAAAAGAAGACACGCAGUUUGAAGUCGAAGCUGGAUCAGCCGCCCCCGCCGCCGCAACAAUAGCACCGGACCUAUGCGGCAUCUUCAUGACGAAAGAUAACAGUGAAGUUUCCCCUCUGGCUGCGGCGUCCGUUUCUCCGUUCCCUCAGGCCUCCUCCGGUUCUACAUCAACAGGAACAGAAGAUUGUCUGAUCUCCCACGCAAACAACACCGUUUUUACUGCCCUGUUUAAAAACGGCCGUAUCCUGGGCCUUCCCUGCAGCAGUCAGAUCUCCUGGAAGUCGAAUUUCCGACCCGGAAUCCCUCCACCACUUCAACCGACAGUUUUGCAAAUGACGACAAUGCACACUUCUUGGAUCGAUCGCUUUCCAUUCCCACAUAUGCGCGACAACUUCAUCAAGUUGAGUGCGAUAAUUGAUGAGGAGGAAUUCUUGCAGACCCUCUUCGACACGCAUAGCUUCACCAUCGUGCCUGGCACCAUGAGCUGGGACCCAAAUGGCUGGAUCAUGAGUAAGGAAUUUGCUGAUAAAUGGGGAUAUCUAUUCUACUAA